UAUCACCGUAUUGCUUGGAUGUGCUAGAGACUUCCAUUGAUUCUCUCUCUCAGUCGGUGAUUUUUCACGCUUUGAUCAUAUCCUGAGUCGGUCUGGGUUUUCGAUUUCUUUCAUUCUUCUCCAUAUUCGUGUCCAUUGUCCUUCGAAGCAUAUAUUUUGCUUUGCAUACCAAGGCUCAAGUUUUGGGGGGGUUCAUAGCACUUAGAAAAUGCAGGGAGGCAGAGGUGGCAGGGAUCCUUUCUUUGAUUUUGGUGAUCCUUUUGCUAGUUUCGGGGGCUUUGGGGGUAACAGAAGUUUAAUGCCAAGCUUUUUUGGAGGGAGGAAUCCAUUUGAUGACCCUUUCUUCACACGCCCAUUUGGAGGCAUGUUUGAGUCGAGCCUCUUCGGUUCAAGUGGAAGUCCUUUUAUGAAUAUGCAUCCGACUGGAAUUCUUGAGCAUCAAGCUCCACAGCCAGAAAGACCAAGGGGCCCAAUUAUCGAGGAGUUAAUUUCUGACGACGAAAAAGAAGAUACAGAUAAAGAAAAGAAUGAAAACCCUAGGAAGCAUGGUAGGUCAAGCAGUAAAGCUUUUGUUGAGGAUCCGGAAGAUGAAGUUGAAGAGAAAAAGAGCAAGCAUGUGCAGUACAGAAAUGACUACAGCAGGUCGAAUGGGACACAGUUGCAACCACAAGCUCGUAGUUUCGCUUUUCAUAGCUCCACUGUCACUUAUGGCGGUGCCAAUGGAGCAUAUUAUACUUCAUCCACAACUAGAAGGACAGGGAGUGAUGGACUGACCUUGGAAGAAAGCAAAGAAGCUGAUACUGCUACAAGGCAAGCAAAACACAGGAUAUCUAGGGGACUUCAUAAUAAGGGCCAUUCCAUGACAAGGAAGCUUAAUCCUGAUGGUAAAGUGGACACAAUGCAGACCUUACACAAUCUGAAUGAAGAUGAGCUUGCCGGAUUUGAACAAUCUUGGAAGGGAAGUGCUCAAAAACAUAUGCCUGGCUGGUCUGAGAAUUGUAUUGGUUAUGAUAAUAUUGGAGCUGGUGGCAGUGGACGAAAUGGGCAUGCCAGUAGGGGCGGUUGGGCGCUUCCUUCAACGGAGCAUGCCCAGCACUCAGGAAGGGUGAUACCAGAUGCUAGGGGCGGGGCAGGAUCUUCUGGCUCAGAGCUCCCUGGGAGGAUGACAUCUGAUGUUAGAGACAGAAAUAGUUAUUCUAGGGGGAAAGGGAGAAAUUGAGUCAGACACGAACAAGCUCAUCUUGUUGGAACCCUUCCACCCGCUUUCCCAAAUUCCGUGUGGUAGUAUUUGGUAGUAGGUUCUAUUGAAGUUGUUGGAUAGUUAAUGCAAGUGAUCUUUCGCCGAGUUUAAUAUACUUGAUGUAUUGGUUUCACAAGUGGGGUCUGAGAUGAUGGCUGGAUACUUUUGUUGGCUUUCCAAGGCCUCUUAUAUUGAAUGCUAAUAUAUGCGUUGAUGACUGAAUCUGUGUAGUGAUGUUCUACAACCUUGGAAUGGUGAUAUAUCUUGAAUAAAACUUUCAGUUAAUUA